UGCAGUUGGAAGGCUGUGGUGUUUGAGUUGAGCACAUAGGGUAGUAGAAUGGCUUUCUUUGGAUUAACUUAUGUGGGCUACCAGGAACCUUUUCAACAAAAAAAACUACAGUUAGCAAAAUAUGAAGUACCAGUAGGAACACCACAACCCAAACUGGACUUUUUCUACCCAAAACUGCCACCUAUAGGAGCUGGAGGAUAUGAUGGCACAGAGCACCGUGGUAGCAACUGCAGGUAUCGAGAGGCUGUCAGACGGAGACAGCUCAAGAAAUACCCCAAUCAAGUCUACAGGGUACCAAUGACCUGUGGACAAGAUAUUGGCUGGUGGCUGCCAAGUGACCCAUCAGUCAAGCCAGAAGAUGCCAUACCAUGGAUAAAAGCGGAAAGGCAUUCUCUGAAGCAGACCACCAUAACCAAGUUCGUGGAAAAUAUGCUGCUCAGAGACCCACUUUUCAGCUUGUUUUGAGAGCUUUGUUUGGAGCCACCACACAAACUCAAGGUGCAUGGGAUCACCAUAGUGGUUGUAAGAGUUGUUGUGCCAUUCCCCCAAGUUAAGACCUAUAGCACCAGCUGUGCCAAUAAAAAGGAGGUCAGUAUA